AUGGUGACAGUGAGGGUGAGGGUGAGGGUGGGGGUGAGGGUGACAGUGAGGGUGAGGGUGAGGUCACCUUAUCUUAAGCAGCUCUUCUUAAUCAUUGCAUCUCUAUUUUUUUCUUUCGUUUUUUCUACAGUGAGCAAGAGUAUAUUCAGGAAGCCACGUCGGUUCCCCGGUCUACCACCCCUCCCCAGUAACCGGGCUCCUGACGGCUCCUCUAUCAAUGGUCUAGGAGGAGGGACAGGGGGUUUGGAACCGGUUCCUGGACCACCCUUUAGGACCAUACAACCAAGUUUUAGUGAUUCUUCAGUUUCGUUUAGCGGUGAUGCCUACAAUGAGAGUUCAUUCAGCAGUUACCCUAACUCCACAGCAUUAAUACCACCAGGGUCAUCUAGCUCAGAUUCAAACAGCUUAGGCGAUUUUGUUGGGAGUAUCGUGCUUUUUAUAGAGUUUCUUAAAGAGAAGAAACACAUUUUCAUCCAGUACUUUGUGAUUGGAUGUCUGGUGGGAAUCAUCUUAGCUCUUAUAUCAUGGGUCGUCCAUCUCAAGAGGAAGAAGGCAAAGUUAAAGAAGAAACUCAAGAGUUCAGAUGGUACCGAUGGGGGGCAGAGAGCAAACGGUGUCCUAGCGGCCGUGCAGGAGGAGAACAGGAUAGACAUCGAUGAGAUCUGGCGGAGUCCUCCUCCCCCUUCAAUCCUCAACCGAGUCAGCCCUACGGAGGACGACAACGACAACACGAUAUGGCGCUCUCACACGUUACCGGGGAAUCGGCAGUUGAACAGUUACUUCCCAUAGCAAUGAUGGGACAAGGCAGGGGCCGGGCGUACAGCACCAGGGGCAAAUUUGGGGCUAGGAGGGGGUAGACCCUUCCUUUCUCAAUCUCAGUCGAUCUCGUUUGGAUAGACUAAGAAAUAGUUAAUGGCUGGCCACGUAUCAAAGAUGAUGGUGGUGAUGAAAUUGGUCUAUGUAGACAAUUUUCUCGGAUCCCGUACAUUUUCUACGUAGAUCAAUUUCAUUGUUAUUAAAUCAUUAUCAAAUGUUUGAUACAUGACUUACCUCAAUAGAGAUACAACCCACUAAGCCUUGAAGCAAAGCUAUAAGUAACAAUGCUACUUUCUUCCCAAAAAUGAGAAAUAAAGCAAGUAAUUUUUGAGAGUGAUUUUACUGGCUUAUUCUGGGUAACCUCUUAAAUUGGCAACUUGAAAGAAGGGAUUGGGAGAGUUUCAAAUUCUGGUGCUGUAAAUCCAGCCUUAUGCCUUGCUCUUUGUUAAUGUGUCUUUUAUAUCCAGAAAAAUAGUUUUAUUUUGAUAUCCUAACUUGUAUUUGAGUAGGUGUGGCUGAGUUGGUAUGUGAGAUAUUGAAUGACUGGGUGUGU